CGCUGACCAUGGCGGCCGAGCGGCUCCCCAGCCGGCCGGCCUGUCUGCUGGUGGCCAGCGGCGCGGCGGAAGGCGUGUCCGCCCAGUCCUUCCUCCACUGCUUCUCUCUGGCCAGCGCUGCCUUCAACCUGCAGGUGGCCACGCCGGGGGGCAAAGCCGUGGACUUCGUGGACGUGUCCGAGAGCAACGCCCGCUGGGUGCAGGACUUCCGCCUCAAGGCCUACGCCAGCCCUGCCAAACUCGAGUCCAUCGAUGGAGCCAGGUACCACGCGCUGCUGAUUCCCAGCUGUCCGGGGGCACUGGCCGACCUGGCCAGCAGCGGCUCCCUGGCCCGCAUCCUGCAGCACUUCCAGGCCGAGGGCAAGCCCAUCUGUGCCGUGGGUGACGGUGUAGCGGCCCUGUGCUGCGCCACCAAUGAGGACAGGUCCUGGGUGUUCCGCGGCUACAGCCUGACAGGGGUGAGGCCCUCCCCGUGCGCUCCCCCCUCCCUGUGGCCCGCCCUGGUGUGGGGGUUGGGGCUCCCCGGGUGGGAGUGGGCUGGGCAGGGCUCCAGCUCAUUCCCUGUGCCCCAGCCCUCCGUGUAUGAGCUUGUCAGGGUGCCUGGCUUCGCCCGCUUGCCACUCAUUGUGGAGGACUUCGUGAAGGACGCAGGUGCUGGCUUCAGUGCCAGUGAGCCUGGGGCUGUACAUGUGGUGCUGGACCGCCACCUGGUCACCGGGCAGAAUGCCAACUCCACUGUGCCCGCUGUGCAGAUCCUGCUGCUGCUGUGUAACCGGAAAUGAGCAGAAGCGGCCAGAGGUGACCCACCUGGCCUAACACCCCUGUGUCAGGGCAGCCCCCGGAAGGGGCCCAGGGACCUGAGGUGAGCAGAAGCUUCCAGAAGCUGCAGCCCUGGCGUCUGGCUUCACAUGUGAGAAGUCCACAGAGGUUGGCCGCGAGGGACUCGGAACGGGGACACUACUGCCCUGCCCUGCCCAGCCCCACGUGGAGCCCGAGACCUGUACUGCUGUAUGCCCGAGCACCUGCAGUUCCCUGGGGCUGGGGCCGCCUCCCUGCUGAGGUUCAGGCCUGGUCCAGCCCGUCCAGAGGCCUAGCCCCUCAUACCCCAUUCCCCAACCAGGGGCACCCAGUACCGGUGACCUGGUGGGAGGCCCUUGGUGACUGUCCCGCUGUCCACCCAGGAAGAAGCAGCCCCCUGCUCCCAUGUGCUCUCACACAUCUGUGGACCCAGCCCCAUUUAAAACACAAGAAAAAUGAAAAAGCACAGACUAGAAGUGGUACUGUGCAGGCUCCUGAGAACAGGCAGGCUUCCUCGCGUGGGGGGCCCGUCCUGGCAGCGCAUGAGGGCUGUGGUGGGGGCUACCUGAGGCAGAGGCCAGUGUCCAAGGCGGAGGACCUGCCUCAGUCGGAAGCCCCAGCUCAGUGGGUGAGGCCUCCCAACAUGGCUAUGGAUACUCCUGCAGGCCCACUCAUGGCAACAGGCACACUGGGACCUGUGUCACCAGCUGCGUCCACUGAUGGGUCUUGGGACCACUUGGACAGAGCUGCUGCCAGGAUGUGCGGGCGCAUACCGAGCUGUCCCAGGAGGGCAGAGGGGGCACCCCAGCUGUGCCCUGUGCAGGCCGCCAUCCACAAAGCCUGGCUGAAGAACUGCCUUCUGGCAGGAGUACCUCAGCAACGGCCUCAUGGGGUGGGGGCUGCGGCCUGCUGGCCUUCCCGGGCCAGCCAGGGGCAGACCCGCUGGGCCCAAAGCAUCUCCACCUGAACCUUCCCUCCCAGCAGCACAUGGGAAGCACCAGGCCUGUGCAGGCAGGUGUUAUCUGCAGAAGCCUGGACUUGGCAUGUCCUUCCGACAUGCUCUGGCACUGCGGGCCACCCCCAGGCCCACCCCCUCCUCUCCCAGGUCACUAGUACCCGGACCUGGGUCCUGUGGCCUGCAGAACGGCGGGGUGGGCACUGCUGCCCACUGGUUACCUGAUGCCCUGGGGAGGGAGA